UUUUCUGCGAGACGCCGGAGGGGAGGCGGGGUAGCUGUCAUGAUCCGUUCCACGACGUGGAAGAUGGCCUCGGAACUGCAACGGCCGGCGCUGAAUCGACGUCGAACUGGUGCCAUACACCUUCCUCGAGAGGGGGUUUAGGGGGGUUCUUUUCUCUCCUUCUGCUUUCUACAACUUCGUCUUCCAGUCGCGCAGAGACUCGUUUACUUUCUCGUCAUCUCUACGAACGCCAAUCUCCUAUCCCAACCCUCAGGCUUCGAUUCGUGAUUUCUGGCCUGCAACUUGUCAUAUCACACGUCGUCUCUGACACGCUCAAAUCCCCGAAAUUUUUCACGCAAUGGCUGCUCCCGAGCUCCCAAAGACUUACAAGGCGGCUGUGUACGAUCAGCCAGGGAAGAUCUCGACCAAGAUCGUGGAUCUGGAAAUGCCAGAGCCGGGACCGGGUGAGGUACUGAUCAACCUGACUCACUCUGGUGUCUGCCACAGCGAUUUGGGUGUCAUGACCUGCUCAUGGAGAGCCCUUCCCUUCCCUACUCCCGCCGGCCAAGUUGGUGGGCACGAGGGUGUAGGAACCGUUGUGAAGCUCGGCCCAGGCGCCGAAUCCAUUUGCAAGAUCGGUGACAGGGUCGGCAUCAAAUGGCUGUCCGGUAUAUGUGGAAACUGUCCUGCCUGUCUCGAAGGCGUUGACGCAUCAUGCGCUGCCGGGAAGGUGUCAGGAUAUUUCACCCCAGGCACAUUCCAGCAGUACGCCAUCGGACCGGCAAACUACGUCACGCCAAUCCCGGACGGCCUUAGCUCCGAAGAGGCUGCUCCAAUGCUGUGCGCGGGUGUCACCGUCUACAGCGCUCUGCGCAAGUCCGGCGCGGAACCUGGACAGACCGUCGUGAUUCUUGGUGCUGGUGGUGGACUGGGCCAUCUGGCCGUCCAGAUCGCUUCCAAGGGCAUGGCCAUGCGUGUGAUCGGCAUUGAUGGCGACGCGAAGAAGGACCUCGUCAUGGCCUCGGGCGCUGAGCACUUCAUACCUCUUUCUGUAGGCGACACGGUGAAAGCCGUUCAGGAUCUUACGGGUGGAAUGGGCGCCCAAGCUGUCAUAGUGUGCACAGCCGCAAACGGCGCGUAUGCCAGCGCGCCAAUGAUGCUGAAGUACAACGGUACGGUCGUGUGCGUGGGUGUCCCUGAGGGUGACAUGGUGCCCAUAGCUACUGCGUACCCGGGAUUGAUUGUGACCAAGUCGCUGAAGAUUGUCGGAUCGGCGGUGGGCAACAGGAAGGAAGCUAUAGACACGCUUGACAUGGCCGCGCGGGGCAUCGUCAAGACACAUUACAAGGUCGAAAAGAUGGACAAGCUGACUCAAGUCUUCGAGGACAUGCAUGCCAUGAAGCUACAGGGCAGAGUUGUGCUGGAUCUUUCCACGUGAGCCUAUGAGCUGUGAAAGAAGAGCGAACACGAAAAUGCUUAAAUGUACAUUUCUGAGAUCACGGCAAAGCCCGGAAUGAACACCAAAAAUUUAGCAUUGCUGUCGUCACGAGAUAUGCCCAGAUACAUUAGCCAUGGUUAAAAUUGAGGUCUUACACGAUCCUCCCAAAUCGACAGAAGACAUGUAUGGGAGUAGUUCUCUCCCG